GUGGUGGCGCCGGACGCCGGGCGCUGGAGGAGGAAGCUGCGGGCGCGGCGGCGGCCGGGGAGUGGCCGCCAUGGAUCCGUUCCUGGUGCUGCUGCACUCGGUGUCGGCCGGCCUGUCGAGCAGUGAGUUGACCGAGCUCAAGUUCCUGUGCCAGGGCCGCGUGGGCAAGAGGAAGCUCGAGCGGGUGCAGAGCGGCUUGGACCUCUUCUCCGUGCUGCUCGAGCAGAACGAGCUGGACCCCGAGCACACGGUGCUGCUGCGCGAGCUGCUCGCCUCCCUGCGGCGCCACGACCUGCUGCGCCGCCUGGACGACUACGAGGCGGGGGCGGCGGGCGGGGCCUCGCCGGAGGAGCAAGACCUGCGGGCAGCGUUUGACAUCAUCUGUGACAACGUGGGGAAGGACUGGAAAAGGCUGGCUCGUCGGCUGAAAGUGUCUGACGCCAAGAUCGACGCCAUCGAGGAGAAGUACCCUCGGAACCUGACGGAACAGCUGCGGGAGUCGCUGAGAGUCUGGAGGAACGCCAACAGGGAGGACGCCGCCGUGGCCCACCUGGUGGGGGCGCUCAGGGCCUGCCGGAUGAACCUGGUGGCGGACCUCAUCGAGGAGGAUCAGCAGGCCCGGGGCCUCCGGGACCAGGACGAGAAUGCUGGCAGCACCGUGUCCAUGAUGUCAUGGGGCUCAGACGCACCCACCUCAGGAGCCCAAUGAUGAUCCAGCUGCUCUUCUCCAGGGGACCAAGGGCAUCUGCGCCGUGUGGACGUUGGUUCCCUCCAUGCAAGUUGACCAAGUGCCUUCCACGUGCGGGGCUGUGAAGACCUAGCAGUGAGCCAGGCUGAGCGGCCCGGCGCCCGUGGAGCCCCAGGCAGCCUUCCGAGCCCAGGCUGCCAUUGGCCGAGUGCUUGCUCUGUGCCAGGUGGGGCUGCGGACGCUGUGCAGAUGCGUCCGUGGACUCCUCUCUGUCGCCCCUGCAAGGGAGACUGGUCCCCAUGAAACACCUCCCCAGAGGAGGAAGUUUUGGAGCCGUAUCCAGCAGAGAAGGGAUCUGUAAAAGCUGGUGAUGGUUACUGUUAGUAUUCUAUGGGUGUGGAAACGAGCUCAGUUAAGAGCUGGAGGAAGGUCGGUGAGGGGGGAGGCGGGGGUGGGGCUGGCGCUGUCCACCUCCAGAGCCCACGCUGCUCUCCAGCGGGUCAUUCUGCCCCUGCAGUUGGCUUCAGGCUUUGUGGCUUUCAGUGUAGACUGAACCAGGGCGGGCGGUGGGGGUGCUCCAGCGCGUGGCCCUCGACGGAGUGGAGUGUCCUCGGGGGUCGCAGAGUAGGACAGUCAGGGUGUGAGGAACACUGAGCCGUGGCUCCCGGGAGGUGCGCAGGCGCAGUGGGCGCACAGUCAGCACUCUGCCAAUGUUCUUCGAAUCAUUUUUUGAUGAUUCCUGUGAUCCCACAGUUUGUUACUAUUUUGUAUCAAAAGCUCUAUGUUUCUGAUAACAGAAUUGGGAAGGGGGCUGGAUCCUGUGAUUUUAAAAAGUAAUCUUGCUGCUUCUCAGGGAACCCUUUUAAAUGCCUUUACGGUGGAAAUCUGUGUUACAAAACAAAGAGUUUUCCAUUCCUCUGGAUCUCAUUUCGCGUCGUCUCAGCAGCGCUUCACACCGAUUUCGGGAUCCCUGGCGGCCCACCGUUUGCUCAGCCUCUCGAUAGGCGGCCUGGACUUCACAGCAGCCCCACGGACCACUGACGAGGGGAGUGUUCACCCUCAGCGUACUGAGGUCCUCAGAAGCCUUCUGCCACCAGCUGUGGCCCUGCCUUCCUCCAAGAGGCUCAGAGAGCCAAGUGGCCGCCUCUUAGCCAGGUCUUCCAGCUGUGACCUUGGGAAAGCUGCAUAUGAUGGCAUGCCUUGCUGCCUUGACCUUGGGCUGCUGAGAUCCUAGCAACACUGUCCCCACUAAGCUGUGGGCCUGGCCUUUGAGGCCCCCCGAACACACCCCUUCAGCAGGUACUUGCUGUGCCAGGAGCUGAGGCCAUAGCCCUAAACAAGACAGAAGUGGGCCUGCCCUGUUGACCCUGGAAGCCUGGCAGGGAACACAGUGUUAACCAGUUCAGCGCAAGUGUGGGUGCUGCCAGGGAGCCGAGCAGUUCCCGUCCCGUAAGGGCGUGGCCUGCCCAGUGUUUCGCAAUAGACCUUCCGGCCUGCAGCGGCACCUGCCUCUUCAAGCCCCAGGCCAGGGCUGGUUCUGCGCGUGACAGGCGUGUCAUCGCCGACCGUAAGCACGAGUGGGUGGGCUAAUGGGGAGCUUUGGGAAGUUGGUUUUCUGGGAAACGUGUCUGUGUUUCUUGAACAGAGGCCGAUUUCAGAGGGUCUGCCAUUCCCUUCUGGUUUAUGGCAUAAACUACUGAAAUGUGACAUGCUGACAUCCAUCCCUCGUGUCCCCGUGCAUCUCACCCCUGGAAGGAGCCCCGACCCCCCUUCACACCAGGUGCCCUGAUAGAGGCUUUGAUGACACAGGAUGACUAAGCACCAGGCAGGGCUCGGCCCAUCUCUGCCAUGGCUUCCCCCUGUGGCCCUCUCAGUCCUGCCUCCGGUGAGGCCCUGCCUCCCCGCGAGAGCCGCUCCUGUCUGUGGGGAGGGAGAAGGGGCUCUGGAGCAGCCUCACUCUGCCUGCUGUGUGACCUGAUGGCACCCGGCCCGAGGCACAGGUCUGCGCUCCAACAUGCAGCAAAGGUGCUGGGUGAGCGAGUCCUCUCCGUCCUGCACGCUGGGCCCACGUGCUGGCCGCUCUCAGGGCCCGGCGGGGGCCUGCGCUCUGGGCCUGUAGAGCGUGGUGACAUGUGAACUUGCACCAGAAACUGCCCCCUGGAGACGGGGGCUCACAGCCAGAGAGAAGCCUCUGUUGGUCCAGCCAGGCCCCAGCAGUGGCCAGGAGGUGUCCGCCAUCGCUGACCGUGUGCCAAUGCUCAGGCUUCACUGAGCAAGACAGGCAGCCUGCCCCCGGGAAGCACAGAGCCUGUACAGCUCUUCAAAACUGAAGGAAAGGCGUGGAGAAGGCACAGACACUCCCGUGGGUGCUCAGGGUGCAAAGAGCAGGCAUGGAGAGCGAUGGCUUCCCGAUGAGAGAGGUCUUGGCACUUUGUGUCCUGUCCGCGUUUUCUGUGACGUGUCUGUUCUCGUCCGCCAGAGGCAGUCGUAGGUGUGGCCUGGAUGGUCCGGUAGGCAGUGUGUCUAGGGGGCAGUGGAGUGGGUAGGCCUUCCAGUCUGACCUGGGUUCGAAUCCUGGCCCUGCCCCUUAGUGGCUCCGUCACCCUCAUAGGGGCCAUCAGAUAAAAAAGUGCUUGCCCAUGUCCGUGGGACCUGCUUCUCAGGUGCCUUAAAGGUUGGCAGCGGCGUUUCACCCCGAGCCCAGGGUCUCCCUGCCCUCGAGCCCGGCCUUUGGCCUCUGGUCCUGAGAGGUCGCUUUUCACCCUCAUGCGUGAACCCAGCUGCGAUGCUGGGCAUCUUCCCUGCCGUGGACGUGAGCCUGUGUCAGGGCAGCAGGUGUUCAGGAUCUUCAUAACCUUUCCUGGGACGGAUGGGACUGACGUCUCAGCAGAGCUGUGACCUCUGGCACGGAGUCAGUGACGCCCCCUCCAGCUAGGGGGCUGCUACGAUUUUCAGACAAGGAUUUCUCAUGGCAACUUUACCAAAAAAUCAUCCAUGUUCCUGGUGUUUUUGUUUUUUUUUUUUUGUAGUCAUGUAAAAUUUUCAUUUCUGAUGAAGGUGCACACAAUUCGCAUGGUUUGCUUGAAAGCUCAAGUCAAGAGCCAUGCUUUGCUCCCCAUCCGAGUGUAUGUGCUCGCGGGAGAUUCCAGGCCGAUGAAGGGAACUUGAUCAAGCAUUUCCUGAAACGAGGGUUGGCUCCCUAGGCUUCUGGCCCCUGCAAGGUGCCCCGCGUCACACCGCUCUGGGCUCUUGGUUGGGAGCGUGGGUCGUGGCAGGCCGCCUUCGUCCCCUCCUCUCCCCACUGACUCACCUCGAUCCUCAUCCGCUGCGUCUUCCUCCCCAGCGCCCCCAGACCACUCCCCUACCCACACUUGGAAAGUCACAGGUGGCCCAGCCCAUUGGGCGCUUGGCUCUGUCUUGCCCACCCUCGAGGGCCUUUGAUGCUUCUCCUGACCGUUCUCCCGUGAAACUUUCUUCUGGUUUUCCUCCUGCCUCUGGCCACGCCACCUCAGACUCCUUCAUGCCCUCUCCCAGCACCCGUCCAGUGCCAGCUCUCUCUGAGCCCCCAGGGCAGCGCAGGCACUGUCCCUGGUGCCAACCGCGUCUCUCUGAGGCCCCCAGACCCCUGUUGUCAGCUAGCUUGGGUCAGCUCCUUUGCUACGCAGGGGAACGUAUGCACGGGUUCUGGGGAUUGGACGCCGGCACCCUGGGGGCGGGCGUUAUUCUGCCCAGCGCACACCUCAGCUCAGCAUCCCUCCACACCCCGUGCCCAGUUCCAGCCCAGCACCGCAGUCCACCCGGCUGCCUCGACAGCACCAGCUCUAAAUGACCUCACAGGCUCUCCUUUCCACGCCUCUCCUGCCCCACCCCCAACGGAGCCUAACCCCGCCUCUGCCCUUCCCUGCCCCUUCCAGCCCCCCAUCCGCGGCCAGAAACAAACCGAGUCCCGCUGCAGACCCCCACUGUACUCAGAAACCGCAGGUGCUCUCCACGUGCUGUUGAGCUCUGUCUUUUUAUUUCCACGAUAGCUGUUCUGAGUCAUCGUGCUGACUGCUCACUGACCACAGGAUUCCUGUGUGUGUUGUGUCUGGAAGCAGAGGGACGAGUGGCCUGGGGGUCCUGUGUGCCCAUGCAAAGAUGCCCCGCCACCCUACAUCUGCUGACACACAGGAGCGCUUCUCUCUCACAGGGAACCCUUGCAUGUGAAAUCCAUUUCCGUCAAAGGAGCCCUCCAUUUCUUAAGUCAGAAGUUGAGACGCUGGCGAGAGUGUACAGCAACCACAUCAAUUGUCACCAAAGAGCCAGGCCCAUUCAGGGCAUGAACGGGGUCCUCAUCGAGCGAAAGCCACGUGACAUGGAGGAAGCUGUCCUAGGUGGCUUGAAUGGAGAAACCUGGUGGGCCAUUGAGUGCUUCCCCACCUCCCGAACGGCCUGAGGACGCACUGUAGGCACAAGGCAGCCACACUGUUUCAGCAAAACAUGUUUCUUGAGACGGAGCUAUCCGAGGAGACGGCAGCGUUCCAGAGACACAUGGCGGGGGUGGGUGCACAACAUGGUGAGUGCACUCAGUGGCACUUAAAAACUGCUUAAAGGGUAAAGUUUAUGUUAUAUGUAUUUUACCACAAUUAAAAAGUCAUACCUCGUGUUAAAUUAACCAUACAUUUAAUUAUGUUGUUUAUCUGAAUUCUAUCUGUUUUGCAGGCUUCUCUCUCUAAUUUGUAAUUUUACUGAUAUUUUAUAGUUUACGAGAGCCAGAAGCAUCAGUUUAUGUCUGGCCUUACGUUUGUAUUUAUUGAAGUAACAUUAUUAUAAAUAAAACCUUGCUGCUCA